UGUCCGGGGCGGGGUGUCUUUGAAAGUACAGCGAUUACAAAACUUCCCCGUCGAGGCAAAACUUCAAAACUGAUACAAAAUGUUGGGUUGCAAAAUUAUAAAUGUGACAGUGCGUGACGUGAGAUUCCCGACGUCACUGGAGCAACAUGGAUCGGAUGCGAUGCACACCGAUCCGGAUUAUUCUGCCGCAUAUGUUGUUCUGGAGACGACGGUCGCUGAACUGAAGGGUUACGGGCUCACUUUCACUUUGGGAAGAGGGACGGAAAUCGUUAUUUGUGCAGUUGAAGCCUUGUCUUCUCUGGUGGUGGGUAAAACUUUGGAGGAGAUCGUCAGUGAUUUCCGAGGUUUCUACAGACUCCUGACCAGUGAUGGUCAAAUGAGAUGGAUUGGGCCAGAGAAAGGCGUCAUUCAGCUGGCGACAGCAGCCGUCCUCAAUGCUAUCUGGGAUCUAUGGGCACGAGUGGAGAGCAAGCCCUUGUGGAAGCUCCUUGUUGACAUGGAUCCUGCAAAGUUGAUCAGCUGUAUUGAUUUCAGAUAUAUCACUGAUGCACUGACGGAGCAGGACGCUUUAGAUAUACUUGUAAAAGCCAAGGAGGGAAAACAAAGGAGAGAGGAGCAGAUGCUAAAGGAAGGCUAUCCUGCCUACACCACUUCCUGUGCCUGGCUGGGCUACACUGACCAACAACUUACCCAGCUUUGCACUGAAGCACUCGCUCAAGGCUGGAUGAGAUUUAAAGUGAAAGUUGGUGCCGAUUUACAGGACGACAUUCGCAGAUGCCGCCUCAUCCGAAAGCUGAUUGGACCAAACAACAUCCUGAUGAUUGAUGCCAACCAAAGAUGGGAUGUUGCUGAGGCGGUUACCUGGUUAACCAAACUGGCAGAAUUCCACCCUCUAUGGAUUGAAGAACCCACCUCACCAGAUGAUAUUCUGGGUCAUGCAUUCAUCUCUAAGGCUCUGGCACCCUUUGGUAUUGGAGUUGCCACUGGAGAGCAGUGUCAUAAUCGAGUGAUGUUUAAGCAGUUCCUCCAGGCCUCAGCUCUGCAGUUUGUUCAGAUUGACAGUUGUCGAGUGGGCAGCGUGAAUGAAAACCUCGCCAUCAUACUCAUGGCUGCCAAGUUCAGUGUCCCUGUGUGUCCUCAUGCAGGGGGUGUUGGACUUUGUGAACUCGUUCAGCAUCUUAUUUUAUUUGACUACAUUUCAGUAUCUGCUAAUUUGCAUAACAGGAUGUGCGAGUAUGUGGAUCACCUUCAUGAACAUUUCAAGAGCCCAACUAUCAUCAGAAAUGCCUGCUAUGUGCCACCAAAGGAUGCUGGGUUCUCUUGUGAAAUGUUGGAAGAGUCGGUUCAGAAGCAUCAGUUUCCUCAGGGAGACGUUUGGAAAGCCAUUCUGGACAAAUAAACGCAAACGUGCCACCUGCUGCUCAAGCUGAUGAUCAAUCACUGAAACCAUAAUCAAACUUUGAAGUCCAUCAGAUGGUCUUGAUAAAUGUGAAUCAUAAAAGAAUGAGGCAGAAAUUUAAGCAUAAUUUAAAACUUUAUUUGAUACUUUUUAAAUGUUGACAUUUACACUGGCGGACAAAAGUUUGGAAUAAUGUACAGAUUUUGCUGUUUCAGGAAAUCGGUACUUAAAUACAUCAAAGUGGCGUUCAACUGAUCACAGACUAUAGUCGGGACAUUACUGAUGUAAAAAAACAGCACAUUUUCUUUUGAACAAAUCCAGACAGCAGCAUCACUGCAACACCUUAUCCUCGAGUAAUCAUGAUAAAUUGAUCAUUUGGUUCUAGAAAAUCACUUGCCAUUAUAUCAAACACAGCUGAAAGAUAUUUGGUUCAUUAAAUGAAGCUGAACAUUGUCUUUGUGUUUGAUUUUGAGUUGCCACAGUAUGCAAUAGACUGGCAUGUCUUAAGGUCAAUAUUGGGUCAAAAAAGAAACAGUUUCUCUAGAAACUCGUCAGUCAAUCAUUGUUUUGAGGAAUGAAGGCGAUACAAUGCUUGAAAUUGCCCAAAAAAAUUUAAGAUUUCAUACUGAGGUGUAACUACAGUCUUCAAAGAUAAAGCAAAACUGUCUCUAACAAGGACAGAAAGAGAUGUGGAAGACCAGAUGUGCAACUAAACAAGAGGAUAAGUACAUCAGAGUCUCUAGUUUGUGAAAUAGACGCCUCACAUGUCCUCCGCUGACAGCUUCAUUGAAUUCUACCUGCUCAACACCAGUUUCAUGUACAACAGUAAAGAGGAGACUCAGGAGGACUUAUGGGAAGAAUUGCAAAGAAAAAGACACUUUUGAAACAGAAAAACAUAAAGAAAAGGUUUGAGUGGGCAAAGAAACACAGACAUUGGACAACAGAUAAUUAGAAAAGAGUGUUACGGAUCUGAACCCCAUUGAGCUUUUGUGGGAUCAGUUAGACUGUAAGGUGUGUGAGAAGUGCCCGACAACACAGUCACAUCUAUGGCAAGUGCUACAGGAAGUGUGGGGUGAAAGGUCACGUGCUACAGGAAGUGUGGGGUGAACUUUCAUGAGAACUCUGAAGUAGUUUAAGAAGUUCUGAAAAUUUUCUUCAAGCUAUAAUAGUAAUUUUUCACAUUAUUAAUGUCCUGACUAUACAUUGUGAUCACUUGAACACCACUUUGGUGAAUAAAAAGACCAAUUUCCUUCAAUAAGAGCAAAAUCUGCACAUUAUUACAAACAUUUGGCCACCAGUGUUUAUUCAUGAAGAUCAUAAAAUAUACAAAUGGUGAGAAAUAUGAAUGCUUUGGAAACAGUUUACAAUAAGACUGUAUUUGUUAACAUUAUCAACAUGAACAAUACUUUUACAGCACUAAAUAAUCUUGGUAGUUGUUCAUUUCUAUAUAUAACUAAUACACUUUCUUUUUUACAUUCAUAUUAAUCUAAUAUGAAAAUGAACAAUAGUAUUUUGAUAAAAUAACUAACAAAGAUCAAUAAAUGCUGCAGAAAUCAUUGCAAAUUC